AUGGCUUCUAUUCAACGCGUAAACAAUUUUAUCGAUGGUAAAUUCGCACCAGCAGAAAGUUAUUUGGAUAGUUUUAAUCCAAGUACUGAAGAAGUUAUUGCUCAUAUAGCAGAUAGUUCACCAGAAGAUGCUAAUCAAGCUAUUGAAGCAGCUCGAAAAGCGUUUCCUGCAUGGAGUCGACAAACAGCUACAAAACGAGCAUAUUAUCUUAAUAAAAUCGCUGAUUUGAUACAAGAGCGUUUAGAAGAUUUCGCACGUGCUGAAUCAUUAGAUCAAGGUAAACCUUUAUCAUUAGCACGUACGUUGGAAAUCCCACGUGCAGUUGAAAACUUUCGAUUCUUUGCACAAGCUAUAACACAAAGUCGUGAAAGGUAA